AUGGACAGAUUAAAUCGCAUGUUGGCCAAUGCUGGAGGUAUGGGAGGCAUGAAUUCUGCUGUACCUGGAUCUGAUAACUCAAAUCUGAUCGAUAACUCCGAAACCGUAUAUAUCUCUUCGUUGGCGCUACUGAAGAUGUUGCGACAUGGCAGAGCUGGUGUACCUAUGGAAGUUAUGGGUCUGAUGUUGGGAGAGUUUGUGGAUGAUUUCACAGUUAGAGUUGUGGAUGUAUUUGCGAUGCCGCAAAGUGGUACAGGUGUUAGUGUCGAGGCAGUAGAUCCAGUAUUCCAAACGAAAAUGAUGGAUAUGUUGAGACAGACAGGACGACCCGAAACUGUUGUUGGCUGGUACCAUUCACAUCCAGGUUUUGGUUGUUGGCUAUCAUCUGUAGAUAUUAACACACAACAAUCAUUCGAGCAAUUGACACCUCGAGCUGUUGCCGUUGUUGUUGAUCCUAUUCAAUCCGUUAAGGGAAAAGUCGUUAUUGAUGCUUUCCGUCUAAUCAAUCCACAAUCUCUCAUGCUCGGACAAGAACCUCGCCAAAGUACAUCCAAUUUAGGACAUCUUAACAAACCUUCUAUCCAAGCGCUUAUCCACGGCCUCAACAGACAUUACUACAGCAUAGGAAUCAACUAUCGCAAAACUGCCUUGGAGGAGAAUAUGUUGAUGAAUUUGCAUAAACAUGUAUGGACUGAGGGUCUGCAGAUGGAUGAUUUCCGAGUUGAAGGAACUCGAAACACCGAACGAUUACAGAAACUAGUUGGACUUGCUGAAGGUUAUGAGAAGCGUGUCAAGGAAGAGACCGAAAUGACUAAAGAUCAAUUGAAGACCAGAUACGUUGGAAAGGUUGAUCCGAAGAAACAUUUGGAGGAUGUUGGACAAAAACUUAUUGAAGACAACAUUGUUUCAGUUUCAAGACAGAUGAUUGACAAGGAGGCAUCUGCACCAAAGGAGAAGAGUGGAGCAAAUGGACACGCACCACAGGACAUGGAUGUUGAUGAAGAAUUGUAA